AUGUAAACGUAGCCCACGACGAUAACGAAUAUUAUUAACAGUAAAAGUUAGCAAAACGUGAGAAUAAAAUUUUAGUUGUACCAAACGAAUAGAAGUUUGGUCGUUGGUGUAUUUUAUGUAUAGUUUCAUGCGCGCCCUAGGAACAUUUUUUCGUGCCAUCAUUGACAAUAAUUCUUACCUUCGUUUGGUAUCUGUCUCACUCAUGGCAUUAUGCUUCACCAGUUUCCGCUUUGUGAUCAUGGGCUUCUAUAAGAGUGCUCUUUCACGAAAAAGGUAGCUUCUUGAAGACGUUAAUUACGUUUCGCAUUGGAGCCGACACAUUGAUUGUUUUCUGGGUUUCUCGAAGGCCAGUUUGUUUUAAUGGAAGGGUAGGCACACCAAGUCAUAAUGGAAGGUCCAUUAGAAGUAAAAGAUUCUGCCACAGGUGCAGAGGAACCUAUUAAAUCAGAGGCACCUGUGCAGAAUCCAGAUAGUAGCGACCGAAGCGAUGGUGCCGUGUCACCUCCCCCUAACUGUAGUAUUUGCUUAGGCAAGCUAGUGAACACGUCGUUCACGGAUAGCUGCCUUCAUCAAUUUUGUUUCACUUGCUUACUUCAGUGGUCGAAGAUAAAAACGGAAUGCCCGUUAUGUAAGCAAACUUUUAAAUCGAUCAUACAUAAUGUAAGAUCGGAAGAGGAUUACGAUCAGUACCAUGUGCCUAGAGAAUUGGCUACUUUGGAUAUUAAUUUUGAACUCGGACACGGUGUAGACGUCACUGGACAUCGUUUUCAUUACAGGACAACUGUGAUAGGACAUCAUCGUCGUCCGCACGAUAUAGUGCUCAAUCCUGAACAAGUUGCAAGAAGAGAACAACUCCCAAGCAUAGCUCCUCAAGUGUCGAUGGAAGAACGUAUACACAGACGCAUGAAUCCAGCUGAUUAUCGUCGUACCAUCUACAGACAUGGAAUUUGGGCCUCCGCGUUACCCGACGUAUUCGGGCGUUUUCGGGAAUGUAGCCCUGAUUACUAUCGAAGGGAGCCCAGAGAGUUGACUCGACUUAUACCAUGGUUAAAUAGAGAAUUACAAGUGUUACGUACUAACAACGCUCCGAAUAUUGCAUACAUAUUGAGAAUUAUAUUGGAUGCUCUUAGUCAAUAUGAUAUUAGAAGUCCCGAAUUUCGUGAUAUAGUGCGUCCGUAUUUUGGCACGUUCACAGAUCACUUUGUACAUGAACUAGGCAUUUAUGCUCGAACUAAUUUCGAUUUAAUUGGAUACGAUCAGUCUGUGGUUUAUGUGCACCAAGGAUUUUCAAACGAAUACGUAUCGAAUGUCGUGUCACCUCCAUCUAGCAGUAGUAGUACUAGUUCCGAUGACUCGGACGUUCGAGUUCUCGACGAGGCCAUUGAUCUUAGAAUGAACGUUGUAACGCCUAGCGUGGGACCCCAUACGAUCAGUAUACCUGGUCCAAGUACUGUGGGACAACUGUUCCAAUUGGAUAUUUCGUAUAAUGUACCGGACGUUUUAACUAUUUCCUCCGAUUCCUCCAUGUCUGACAAUGAGUGCGAAGUGAUCGGUUACGUCAAACCUCGUCACGAAAGAACACCGGAAAUCAUAGAGCUAGUGUCCUCGGAUCCCGAAGAAAUAAACAUUUCUCAAGUAUCAACCGAUAACGCACAGUCUUCCACGUGUACGUUUUACGCAGACAACAGCCAACCAAGUACAUCUCAUUCCACCAAGAAAAGAACCUCGACCUCUUCGUUCACGGAAAGCAAUUCCGAUUCGGACAGCGAUUACAAUUGCAGAAGAAGCAGAAAGUAUCAAAGUCGCGCCAAGAAAUCGAAAAGAAGUACAACUACCAAAAGACGCAAUCGUUCGGUCGAAAGGAAUCGUAACCGAGUAAGUAGAAAUUUAUCUAGCUCUGGAGAAAGCGAGCCUAGGAAAAGAACGACGAGAAGGAAUAAUCAACGCACGAUCAAAAAGAGAAUAAGUAGCAGUAGCGACUCCGUUUCCCAUGAAACUGCAUCAAAAACGAACGAUGAAAAAAAAUCAAGGACUUCGCAGUAUUCCACGAAAGGUACUGUACGCGUUCGUAAAGACUUAAUUAAGAAAGAGAAUCGUUACACAGAUGACGAGUCGUUCAGCAGCGAUAGUAGUAGCGACUCCGACGAUAACGUUAAUAAUAUAAAGUCUCGCGCGUUACGAAAAUCGCAAAGAAUCUAUACGACGAGCUCGAGUGAUUUCGAUACAGGUAGAAGGGAAAGAGUGAUCAGAACUAGAGGUAAAACAAAACGAACAUCAGUUGUGAAGGAUUCGUAUCGAAAGGAACAAAGAUACAAAGACGACCGACAAUCUAUAUCUAGAAGCAGCAGUUCGUCUUCGUACGAAUCGCAAAAAGAGAAAAGAGUCAGUUCCAGACGACGGGAAUUUCAACGAAAUAUAAGCGACGACGAUAGCAAUUCACCGAAUAGAGAUGUGUCGAGAAAAGGACGCGAGUCGAUAUCGAAAACAAUGACGGCAAUUCUGAGUAGUUCGGAUUCCGAGGAAGAUCGUUAUCGAUCGCACAGUCAGUGUAGCAAUUAUUCGAAUAAAUCGUAUACGCGUAAGAGGAAAUCUAAACAUAAAGAUAGGCACAAAAGCAAAAAGAGGAAACGAUCUAACAGUAGAACGUAUACUUCAUCGAUGCGAUCGCGAUUAACUCGACGACAUCCUGUUUAAAAAUUUAUACAUACGCAGCAUUGAAACAUUCCGAUUCGAAGAAUGAUUCUACUAGAUCAACGCUAAAGAGAAACGUAUAGCUCCUGUGAAAGUCGCGGAGUCAUAGAAGAUCUCAGGGUAACACCAAAUCAAAAUCGAUAAAAACGUAACGAUGCAUUUGAUCGUUAAUUAACUUUGAACAUAGAAAGAUGUUACUGAUGAUUACAUUUAAUUGAAAAUUUAUAAUGAUUUUUAUUAAGCAGUCGUACGUGCAUAAACUAUACACAAUAAUGAAGCAUGGUGAUUUCGUAUUAGUUCUACGUCAACAAAAAUGAAAAAUUUUUCAUGGCCGUGUAUCCAUGAAUGUUAAGAUAUGCAUACUGCACUACACGUAUUAUUUCAUUCCUUUGCUUUUUAAAUGAAAGUGGCUUCCAUUUGUGUUAUAAAAUGAUAUGUAAAAACUCUAUAAAAAUUCCAACAUUAACUGAUAGAUUUUCCUGUUCGUAAUCUUUUAUUUAAUGUAUAUUAAUUGGAUAACAAUGGUACCCAGAUUCAAUGUUAAAGCAUUAGAUAAUGCGUGGAAAGAAGACAAAGUGUAUUCUAUACACGAAAACGAUUACAGAGUAUAUAAUAUCUCGCUAUUAUCUUCAUCGAUGUAUAACAGUCUUGGGUAUAUUUCUUCACGAUCUUGAUUCCCAAAGAAUGUUUGUAAAUAUACAUGUAUCUUAUAAGCAAAUAAUUUAAUUAAAAGUUUACAUGGAUAUAAUUUUUUGUAAAGUAGGUAAACAGAGAAAUGUUACAUGUACAUUAUAUAUGUUAUACGUAAAUCGUAA